AAUCAAAUUAAAAGACAGAAUACUAGCUAUGUGAUGUUAGUAAGUACUUCAAUUUUUAACCUAUUUCGUUUAUACAAAUGCCUAGAAUUGGUCGACGAAGAAAUGGGAAUGGGCGCGCACGAGUGCCCGUUGUUGAAGCGCAACCACCAGAGAGACGACGCGGAAGGAGAAACCGUGCAGUUGCUGCGCCAAGAAAUCAAGAUGUGGGGGCAAUUGUUGGUGAAGUACAAGUACAAGCACCUCUUCCUCUACAAAUCCAGACUCCUUUGCCAAUUGAAAGACAACCUGCCUUGCAAGGUCCCGUAACACCAGCAAUGAACGUACAAGCGCCAUUUGCGCAAGUUGAAAUACCAGCUCCUGUGCAAAUGCCUAAUCAAAAUGCUUGUCUUAGUAAUGAAAUAUGGAUUAUUGGUUCUUCAAUAAUAUGCAGUGCUCGUGAUCAUUCGGAGAACAGACCUUCAGGUAGUAAUUUAGGUCUUUUGAAAAAUAAUAAUUGUUUUUUGCGAUGGGCAGGCAAAUCUGGUAUGAAAUGGGACGAUGCUGUUGGCACAGUUAACAGUAUCAUUAAUUUAUGCAACAAAAUUCCACAUGCGUUGAUAUUGCAUUGUGGUGGGAAUGACAUAGGAAAUGUACCAUGUGGUGCUCUGCUAUAUCACAUUAAAUUCACAAUAGCAAUUCUGUCUCGCAUGCUCCCAAAUUGUUCUCUUAUAUGGUCAAGCAUUCUUCCCAGGCGUUCAUGGCGUUACUCAAGUGAUGACCAUGCCAUGGAAGUUACAAGAAAGAGAAUAAAUAGGGGAGUGAGAUCUUAUAUACUCAAACAUGGAGGAUACGUUAUCAAAUAUCCAGAUUUUGAUGAUCGUCCUCCAGCGCUAUAUUCUGACGAUGGAGUACAUCUAUCAUUUAUUGGAAAUGAUAUUUUCUUGAAUCAAAUUCAGUCAGCACUAGAAACAUUCAUAAAGUAUCCACAUUGUGUUGUAUUUCCUCACGAUCACCUCUAA